AGUCCACAUUCUAGCGGGAAAGUUGCUUUAGGUAUGAUCAACACUGUAUCUCAGACAGCUGCCAACUUUGGAUUAUCACCAGCCAAUAUGUUCUCAGGAAGACCAGUUGUUUCAUCUGCUGUCAACACAACUUCACAGCAGUCUGCAACUUUUGGAUUGUCAACAACAAAGAACUUCAGCAGCCCACUAGCUUCAGCUGCUGUCAGCAUGACAUCGCAUAAAGAAUUGGACUGUGGAUCAGUCAGGGCAGAUAACGUGAACAGAGGCCUCUCGGGCAGAUCAGUGUUUUGCCCUGCUACCAGCAGUGUAUCUUCCCAAAAUGUGAACUAUGGAUCAGUCGGGGGAGAUAAUAUAAACAGUGUAGUCUCUGACAGGCAAAGUGUUUCUCUUUCUGUUAGCAGUAUGUCACAGAAGGCUGCCAACUAUAAAUCAGGGGUGGAUAAUCCAAGCAGCACUUUUACAGGCAGACCAGUUAUGUCCACAGUUGUCUGUGCUGACUUGCAGAAUAUGGCAGAUCUUGGAUCUUUAGGAGCAGUUAAUCCAGGUGGUUCGUGGUAUGGCAGACCAGGCACGUCUUCCACUGUCAGGACUGGUCUGAUGGCGACAGAGGAGGUGCAACUGCUGGAGCAUGACAGACUUCAUGGUAAAGCCCAGGACUUGAUUAGCUUCAGUGGCCGUUGCAUGGCUGACAAGGGACUUCAGGCUGCUCAGAGGACAGAUGUUCAAACCACUUCAGUAAAUGCAAGACUUGAGCGAGCAGACAAGCCAUACUCUUGGAAUCAGUGGAGCAAUGAUAACAUGGGGAGGUCAUCAAAUGGGCGUCAGAUUGAACUUGAUCAUCCAGCACUGCGUGGUCAUCAAGCAAGCAUGGAUCAGUCUUACUCUCCUGUUCAUUCACAACAAAAUAUUGCAGGUACUGAGGUGGGCCCUCUGCCAUCUAUGCUGUUCAGAAAGACCCUGGGGAGAGAUAUGUUGCCAACAUGUCAUCAGGAGGACACCUUAAGAGAGAUACAAUUUCAGAGGGCUGGGCAUCAUCAUGACAAUAAGGAGUCUCGCUCUUUCGUCAGCAUAGCAAGAAAUGAAUCAGAAGAAAGGCAAGAUGUGGCAUCCUCCCAGAUGAGAAUGUCUCGAGAAAGAGACCAGCCAUCUCAGCCGAGAGGCCAGAAUGUAGAGGUCUUUAUUCCUGCCAACAACCAGCUAUUUCAUUUUGCCCAUCACAGCCAAAUGUUAAAAGAAUUUGGACACAAACCUCUGGAAGAACCUUGCCACCAUUCCAAGAUGCAGUGGUCAUCAUUUGAAAGAAGACAGGUUGAAAAUGUGACAGAUGGGAAAAGAGAUCAAAGACUGGACAAAGGUGUGAGAAAUGGGGACAGAGAUCAAAGAUGGAAUGAAAAUGUGAGACACCCACAAAGUGAUCAAAGAUGGGAUGAAAAUGUGAGACACACACAGAUAGAUCAAAGAUGGAAUGAAAAUGUGAGCCACUCACAAAGAGAACAAAGAUGGGAUGAAAAUGUGAGACACCCACAGAGGGAUCAAAGAUGGGAUGAAAGCUUCAGAAAUGAGGCCAGAAAUCAGAGAUGGCCUGAAAGGGAAGAGAUGCAUCAACUUCAGCCUCAGAAAAUUCCAGAGGGUUUUAGGCAAAAUCACCCAGACAGGGAGGAAGAUAGAGUGGACUGGGGUCCCUCUGAUCAGAUGAUGCGAAAUGAUGACAGGGGCACACAAAGCACCAUCUGGAACAACAGAAGGGACAAUUAUAACCAAAGGAGAAGGCAGAACUACUGUUGACAACUUCUUACCGCAAACACACAGAUCUGAGUGGAACGGUCUGGAGCAUAGAGUACAGAAGACACAAGCAGGUGUUCCAAAAAGCACUGAAAGUUUUGUGGUUUUAUGACAGUCAUCCUGCAGAAAACUAAAGAUAUGUGUUAUUGUUGGAAUUUGUAAAUCUGGUUAAAUUUGUUUUACUUAUUGGAUCAUUGGAGCUAUACAACAUGUAUAGGGAGACUGACUGGUGUAGACUGAUCUCAAUUGUGAUACCUGUCAUGAUUUUCUCCUAAAUACAAAUAAGUAAAUUGGCAUGCUCAGACUAGCCUUAAAAGGAAUCAUACAGGUAAUUCAGCUUGCAGGCAGAUUACUGGAGUAGUAUUGUCAUCAUUUUAUUAUAAAAAUGUGUGGUAUUUACUAUUGUGCUUAGGGGUGGGGAUGGGUUAAGGCUUAUAGAUUGAAGUGAGAGCUUCUAGCAUCUUAAGGUGAUACCAUAACAGAAAACCUAACUUUUUGUGACAUGGGAAAGGUGGUUUGACCUCUUUCCAGUUCUUGAGGUUUGUAUCUCAUGAAAAGAACACUUCUUUGCUCAGAAUUUAUGAGUUUAAUAUUUUAAGUUCAGGCCUUGACCUUUGAUUGUGAUCCUUAGGUGGCCACAAAUUUGAAGAACUUUAAAAAAAAAAUCAUAAAGUGUUAAUGUGGCAGGAAAAUUAUUCAAAAUUAUCAAUAAAGUUCAAAGCUAUGAGAAAGAAAUCGUUCCUACCUCAUUCUGUCAUAAAAUAACACUUUCUUUUUAAUCCAAACAAAAUAAGGUAUAUCAGAUCUUAUUUCCAUUUACUAUCAAAAUACAAAAAGAAUAAUUUUGAUAAAAGCUUAAGCAAAACAGAUGAUCACCAAUAUGCUAUGUACUGGCUUUCAUGGUUACACACUGUUUAGAAAUGAAUAAACAUAAUAAAGAACAACUUUUGUGUCAGAAAUAAGCUAAAAAAAAUAUUCAAAAUCAUUGUCUUUGCAUGGGCGUUUGUGUUGCUAUUAUUUUUGAAAGCACAUCCAGAAAAAUUCAAAUCUUCAAAUUAAUAUUUUUCGGCAAUCAUGUUAAGGGAUGUAACUCUUUUCAUAAGAUUCACCUCUCUAAAUGACUGGAUUAUAUCCCUUUUUUUGUAGUAAAAGUUAUUGAAUGUGAUAAACACUGGUGGGCAGCAAGGGCUUAAUGUUUGUUGAAGAGCCAGACAUUUGCCUGUCUCAGACUCAAAGAGCUGAAUUAGUAUUUUGAAUUUAAUUUUGCACUUGAAAGAAAUGGCAUGAGGUUUCUAUUUUGAAUCUAAAAAUAUUGGUAGUGAAGUUUGUGGUUUAAAGAAACAGAUAUUAAAAUUCCCUAAAUCAAACAACAAAUUUCCUGUACAAGAUUUGAGAAAAAAGAAUUAGUCAGGACUCUUAUGGUCUGCAUCAGACUAGAGUUAGUAUGUGUAAGUUGUCCUGAGAGGUUUCAUCAUGUGAAAAAUUUGUUAGUUCCCCCAAACACAUUUCCAUGUCAAACAGGUUCAUUCUUAUUGUGACUUUUCCUAGGUGCUUUCAUGAAUGGAGACUUUUAUCUGUUUGUUGUUUUAACCUAACAGUAGAGUGAAUGCUAUUGCCAGACUAUAAACAUUAAAACACAAACCUUACCUUUCAGUCCGUGUAGCACACCAGUUCAGACCAAAACCAUUCGUACCCAUAAGGCAACGUAGUAAUUCAUUGUUAACUUGUUUAAUGAAACAUUGGAAUUAACACAAAAUACACAUAUUCAGUGAUUUGUUUUCCUUUUUGCAAGAAUGGUUAAUAUUUGAAUUUAAUGUGUGUGUACCAGUUUGUUUACAGUGGUGUUCAUAUUCCAAAAAAGAAUUUCCAUUAUAAAUGUUAAAACAGAAAAAUAUACCACAAUCACAUUCUGCAAAACAUUCAAUAAUUUGCUGAAUGUUCUGUGCCGGUAUGUGAAGGCAUGUUUCUGAGGAAAGUGCUAGAAGGGUAAACCUUCAAAUUGGACAGUUUGACAAAUGUGCAUGAAAUGUUAUAAACAUUCCCACUGAAUACAAAUAUCAGAAAAUUUACGUAAAUAAAAACAUCUGUUAAGGAUUGAAAAAA